UUGGUUCUUUAAAAAAGUAGUGUUUUUAGUUUGCCAACUGAAAUAAGUUAAUUAUGACAUCGGCGGAAGAAGUAGAUGCAGUAUUAAUGGCAAAGCAAGCUCUUAUGUUUGCUUUGGGCGACAAAUGGCCACUAUAUUUGGCUAAUAUGAAGCUCUGGUUCCGAAAGAAAACCUCCAAGGAAGAGUUUGAUUUGGAGAGUCGUAAGCUUUUUAGUUCAGACCAGAUGCAUUUACACAACAAAUUCUUGCUGGCAAUACUAAACAAGAUCGACGCGAUAUCGCCACCGCAAAGCGUAAAUAAUAGUGGUGACACUGGUCAUGGAAAGAGUAGUAGCAGUUCUAAGAAGCGCAAACGAUCGUCGAAAUCUUCAUCAGAUCGUGCCACAUUUGAGCCAGCUACAGUUCAUGAUUACGUUCCAAAAGAGUUGUUAGAUUAUGAACAGGUGGCUAGUCAGAGCUCUACGGUGCCUACGAUACGAUAUGCUGCACAAGAAUUAUUUCUACCGGAUAAUGGUUUGGUGCUCGGAAGACUUCUCGUUGGUGCCUGGGAAAAUGGUUUAUCGAAUGUGGAGGAAAAUGCUGUCGAUUUGAUAGUCCAAGCCGUUCAAGUUCUACUAAAAAAUAUUCUAAUGGAAAUUAUUAUGAAACGGAAGCAUUUUCGAACAACAGCCAAUGGAACGUUUGCUUACGACGUCGGACAUCAGCUGCCGCAUCCAUUCAAUCGCAAUACAGUAACCAAAGCUAAGAUUGACGACGAGCCAAUGGAGCUAGACAAAGAGAUAACCACAGUUUGUUACCUUAAGCCACCUGCUGGGGAUUCAGCAUUCUUGGCCUCAUGCGGAGAACCAUAUCCAAACCAGACGCGGAAAAUCACUGUGUGUGAUUUAUAUAAGACACUACUUAACAGGAGUGUGAUUCCAUCUCACUCAGUCUAUUCUAUGAAUAUGGAAAGAAUAUCUAGUCUGCUUUCGUAGUUUGUUUCAAAAGGUAUGUUU